AUGACUAAAGUCGGCAGCCUCAAUUGCACCAGUCUUGAAGAAAAGAGGUGGCAACGAGGUUGCACGUGCAGAGUGUUGCCAGAGAGGAUUCAUCAUCGCAGGGCAGCAAUUGGAAAGCCAGCGAUGUAUUGGCUGGCGCUGGAGGCAGCCCAGUGGACCUACGACCAGGAUGCCGAAGAAAAUCCCACCUGGUCUUUGGAUUGUCGUAACGGUUGCAUCUACACAGCCAAGGCAACACUACGAGUGAGAGAGGACGAGUUCAGCAGCUUUGAUGUCCACUUGUCAGGUGGAGCGCUGGCUCAAGCGAUGAAGAUCUACGUCUUGGCGUUCCGCGGGACAGUCGAUUUGAACGAUUGGAUCAAGAAUCUGGGAGCCGCCGUCAACUGGAGCCCCUUUGCAGACAUACUGCUUGGAGUUCAUUCCGGGUGGCAUGCCGCAGUGUCAGAUCAAAGCCUCCAUCGCAAGCUCAAAGAGGCCCUGGCAGGGCUGGAUCAUGACAAGAUUCUACUUCUUGGCCAUUCGCUUGGGGGGGCUUUGGUGCAAAUUGCCAUGGCCUUCAUGUGGCUGGAGGCCACGAAUAGGGAGAGCCCACUUUACAACAAUGAACUCAUGAAGAAUGCUCGUGGCAUCCUCUUUGGGAGUCCGGCACCUUUUGUGCAGAAAGAGCGUGGCACUGUCGGCCAACGGGGGCACAAUCGUGAAGCCAGAGCCUGGAUGCAGGAGCAUUGUGUGAAUUUCGUUAACAACAAUGAUGUGGUUCCCAGGCUUCCGUUCAACCUGGACUUCGCCCCUUUGGGGUGCUUGAGGUCAUUUGGGUCGGCAAUGGGGCUGACUCUGCCAGAGAAUGUAAAAUCGCAAUUGAACGAUUACGAGCACCUUUGCUCCCACAUCCUGCUGAAGCCUGGAGAGGUAGAUUUCAUCCAAUGUAAGCCAUGUCAGCCACAUGCGCUGGCAGAAAGGAUGGAGAGCGAUGAUGAUGGGAAAGGGACAGGGAGCAUUGAGGACCAUGGCAUGCCCAAAUACAGGGGCCAGAUGCUGGAAAAGCUGGGAGAAGUCCUGGGUGAUGACUCCAUGCCCCUGCUUCAAUUCUUGACCUAUCAAGUGAGAGCAGGCGCGCCAGAUAUUAAUCGGAGCUUGUGCGCCUUUCAGGAUUCUUUGUCACAUUCUCCGCAGGAUCUCAAGGAGAAGAUUGUGGGAUCCGUUGGCACAAUCUUGCAAGGACUGCACAAGGCUUCAACACGCCUCCAGACCUUGCAGAAAGAUCUCUCCCAGAUGAAGGAGAAGUCGCUCGAGGCCGGCCACAUUUCCCAGCAAUCAAGUUGUGGGAAUCUUCUAGAUUCUAUGCGCAGUUUGGAAAAAAUCAACACUGACAUGUUCACUGUGGCGACGAAAGUGGCGGAAUUUGUGAGCAGCUGUGUGCAGCUUGGCAUGGACAACCAGAGCAUUUGCAUUCUACUGGGCGUAGUUAGCGCGGUUGGUGCCACUGCUACGGGAGUUUUUUGUGCCAGCUCGGCAGCUGGUCUGACUUUGGGGGGCUUGGUGAUCUCCAAAGUGGUUUUUCAAGGUGUGUGCAUUGCAUGCAUGACCCAAAGUGGCCUUUGUACUCUGAUGGUGGCUACUAAGCAUCUUGGACACCUGACCGUUCCAGCUGUAGAAUCAGCAGUCCGCUUGGCUUUGUGGCUGGCCAAGCACUUUGGACACCGGCAGUGGCCCAUUGCAGUGCUCCUCCAUUCAAUUGCUGCCAUAGUCUCACUGAGGGGCGAGGCAGGUUUUGAGGUGUUCAAGGCCGCCCUCCUCAAGCUCUAUGUGGAUGUGGGCCAAUGGCUGGACUGGCUCCAAAAGGACCUCGAGCACCUCAAAGAGUACAUGGGCUUCGUGGAGAAGAAGUUGAAAGACGCAGAAGGGAACUUGGAAAGCAUCGAAGGCGAGUUGACGGUAAUGCAUGGCAAGGUUCAGGAGAUCCUCAGCCUGGUUCAGUUCGUCACGGGCGACACGAGCAGUCCUGAAGUUAUCGAGCUCAAAAAGAAAGAAUGCAGAGAAUUGUUUGGGGAAAUGCGGAAACGGGCUGAAUGGAUGGACAAGACGAGGGAACCGGUUGAAGGGAUGGACGGGCUGAAGCUCGAUCUUGCAGCUGUGUUGGACAUCGACCCCGCACUUGGCCAAGAUGAGAAGAAGACGGAGGGUGGUCUGACCAAGCGGUUCGAUGGGGAUGGCUCGAACCCGGCGAAGGACUACGAGCGAUGGAGGAGAUCGUGCAGAGCCUACCUCACAGUUCAGAAGGCGAAAGGGGUUGGUCCUGAGGCCCAUGGAUCACUGGUGUUCUCGCUUCUGGACGGCACUGCACUUCGAGCACUAGACCAGGUGCCCAUGGACCGGGUGGAGGAGAUCGGGGGCGAGGAGGUGAUCUUCCAGAUCUUGGAUGACAGGUUCCCGGCUGAAACCACCCAUGACAGACUGGGAAGUGUGCUCGACCAGGUCUUCGACCUCAAGGUGGAGAAAGGGGAGACGACGGCGGUGUUCACGGGCAAGGUGAGGGCAGCGUUUUCGUCGGCGGAAGCCGAGGGAGUGGUGCUACCCGAUGUCGCCCGAGGAUACUUGUUGCUGCGUUUCGCCAAGUUGAGUGCUGAGAGGAAAGCCGUGGUGAUGGCAGCGGCGAGACAGAGCUACGCUGAGAAGGACGUGGCAGCAGCACUCCGAACGAGUUCACAUGCCUACCAGGUGGAGUACGACCAGGGCCAGGUGGACGACGAUGAAGAGACCAUGGAGGAAGAGUUUGACGUGUACCUCACCGAUGCCGGCUAUCAGCCGGAGGAAGAAAUUGAAGAACAGGAUGCCAUUGAUGCCCUCCUGACCUGGAAACAGACACGGAGCUCGAUUGCACAGACCAAGAUGUCAAGAGGUUUUGGAAACCAGGGUCAGCUGAAGAAGUUGGCCGCCCGGGUCAAGUGCUUCAAGUGUCGACAGGUGGGCCAUUUCUCUCGAGAUUGCCCCAAACGAGGCAAGGGAGGAAGCAAGGGCUCGAACAAGGAUGGCAACAAUCCUACGGGAGGUGGCACAAAGGUGAACUACGUCUUCAUGGUGUGGAACCAACCGGACACACCGAACAUCCGGACGGAGCAUCACUGGACGCUGGAUGAGAAUGAGGACGGUGAGUUGGAGCAGAACUACAACCCGCCCAUCGGCCCGGAGAUGUAUGGGCAUGAGAUGCAGGCAUUGGUUGAAGGAUGGAGCCAUGUGCCGAGAGACUUCUGGUACACCCGAGGGGCGGAGGUGAUCCGUGAACAUGUACUGCCAAGGACAAGACUGUUCACCCCGGCUGCUUCCAAUUGUCCAGUGCCCCUUCACGAGCUGUGCGACAGUCGGUCGACGCACCUUCUCAAGGAAGAUGGAUCCCAUGCGGUGCACUUCUCCCACAACUGGAAGGCUCGAGGGGAAGCACAUAAGGAUGUUGGUGUGGAGUGGACCGGCCGGACGGUGUUCUACAUGAAGGAUCUUCCGUUCACGCCCAUCGAUGAAGAGAUCGACAUGUUGGCGCAGGCUUACAGAGAUGAGCUGGACAUUGCGCAAGAGGAGGCGUUGAAGGAGUCCGGCUCGGAAGAUUCAAUGAUGGAGGAGACUGACGAGGAGGCCGAGUACCUCGAUGGUGAGACGGUCGUAGCCCUUGUCCAUGCAGCGGGUCAUGGAGUAGUUGACACGGGCUGUGGACGAGGACUUGUUGGGGAAAAGACAUUGCAGCGGCAUGAGAAGGUGCUCAAUGAACAUGGCUACGAGAUCAAGGAGAUGCUGCAUCAACCUCACAAGUUUCGCUACGGAAACAGUGCGGUGGACGUCUCCCACCGUACGGUGCAGAUCCCAGUGUUCCUGGCCGGGGUGCAGCUGUGGCUGCGAGUGCAUGUGGUGCCGGGGGACGUACCUCUCCUCAUCUCCAAGCGGUUCAUGAAGUGCUUGGGAGCCAUCAUCGACAUGCGCCAGGGUCUCGCGACCUUUACCAAGGCGCACCUGGCAGUGCCUCUUCUGGAGCAACGGGAUGGGAGCUAUCAGAUCAACCUCCUGGACUUCCAGAAGCCGCCAAAGAUCAAGGAUGCCGAAGUGGAAGUCCUGGCUACAGAUCUUGGCGAGGAAGACGAGGAGGAAGGUGGCCUCAACCUCGGGGACGCUCCCAUGGGCACGAUUCCGGAAGAUGAGAUGGAGGAGUAUGUGCCUACGAGCCCCAAGCCAGAAGGAGGCGAUGGAGUGGAAGAGACAGAGACCCCGGAGGAGUAUGAGAUUGAGACCCCGGAGGACCAUGAGACUGGGAACACGGAGACCCAGAACCAGGAGGAGCUCGAGGUGACUGGUGACCAGGACAACCUGACGGCAAGUGAGCCGGAAGAAGAGUUCUGUGAGGAUGAAACAGGAGACAUUGGCGUGUUCAAGGCCGGAGAGAGAAAGAAGAUCCAAGAGAACCUCACGGAGAUCCUGAAGGCAGAGCCGGAAAGACCAUCAGUGGUAGAGGUCUUUUGCCCUGGGCGCUUUGCUGAGCGGGCCGGAGACUUCGGACUGAAGGUCAUCGGAAGCUUUGACCUCAGCAGCGGCCGGGACUGGAAGAAGGCCUCGGAUCGAAAGAAGGUGUGGGACUUGAUUGAGGAGGAGGAACCAGACUUGAUGAUCCUCUCUCCACCUUGCGGCCCACUCUCCCGGCUUCAGAACUCGACCCCACCGUGGAAAAGGGCCGAUCCUGAACAGCGCGAACGAGAUGUGAUCGAGGCUCGGGCUAUGGUGGCAUGGUGCACGAGGAUUGCACGAGAUCGGAUGCGUAAGGGCAAAUACUUUAUCUUCGAGUCCUCGGCGACAUGUGCUGCUUGGCGGCUGCCGGCGAUGGGGCAUUUGAUGGACUUUGAUGAGUGCCAGAGGGUCACGGUGCCGGCAUGCUCCGUGGGCCUUCGUGACAGGGAGUCGAAGCUGCCUUUCAAGAAGUCAUGGAGCUUCCUGACCAAUGCGGAAGCCAUUGCGGCCAUGCUGGACAAGCUGGAGUGCUCGCAGGACCACGAUCACCAGGUGGUGGAAGGCUCAGAAGUUUUGAUCGCACGAGCAGUAGAAGCAGCCAAGAUGGUGAAGAUCGACACCAAAGGUCUGAAGGAGAUCGAGAUGAGGGCACUCAUGGAGGUGAUGACCUACAGGUAUGCCAAAAAUGAGGAAGAAUUCAAGAAGACCGGGAUGGAGGCAGAACCGGAGCUGGUGAUGGAACUUAGUGGACUGGCUGAACAGUACCACCUUGCCACAGAUGACGAGGGUUGGUCGAUCGCAUCAGGUGCGUCCCAAGGACUCCGUGCCGCUGCGAAGCCAAAGUCCCGGUUCCCGAGGUCACCGUAG